AUGAAGGCCUCAACUGUUGCUGCCAGCCUUGCGGCUGCCACUGGUGCCGUUGCACAGCGCCCAAUGGACAUGAGCAUCUGUGACUACUACACGACCGCCCUGCUCAAGGAGAACAACGCGACAAACCAGGAGACCCUCCUCACCCUGGUCGUCAACACCGCCGUCAUUGGUAACUACACCAUGCCGAACGUUGGCAUCAAGGUCCCCGGUAUCCUUGCCAACGGCACUGGCGAGUACGAGGGCGUCAGCCUUCUCCCAUACUUCAGCGGAGGUCUCGUCUCGACCAACGCUGGUGGCAUGCCAAAGGCCGUCAACUUCCUCGACGAUGGAGGUGCCGCCCCAUUGAUGAUGAACAAGCCUGCCAACGGCACCAACUCGGCUCAGUACCGUCUCCUCACCCACCUGUACCAGUACUUCGGUGGUCUUUUGGGCUGCUCCCAGUUCGCCAACACCACUAUGCAGUACCAGGGCGAGACCAGCCAGUACAACGUCCACAAGUACAUGGGCCUGAACAAGGCUGAGGUCGGAUACUUCAUCUCCCAAGUCGGCAUGUCCGCCGCUUCCUUCGGUGUCACCGAGGAUGAUGUCAAGGCCGUCGGCAUGGCCCUGAACGACGCUUUCGGCUACCGCUGUGCUGCCCCAGCUGCCAUCCCAGCAACUGCCACUCCAGCCCUCCAGGCCAUCUGCAUUGCUGAGGACUGCCCAAUUGCCACUGCCAACGCCACCUGCGCUGCCUACGACCCCGUUAUGGAGCCAGCUAUGGCUACCGGCUCCAUGAUGGCCGGCGGUGGUAUGUCCGGUUCCAACUCCUCCAUGCCAUCUGGCUCAAGCAGCGGCAUGGCCUCCCCAACUGGCAUGGAGCCAGCCAUGAGCACUGGCGGUGCCGGCUCGCUCGUUGCACCAGUGAUCGGUGUCGCCGCCAUGGGCUUGGCCGUCAUGGCACUUUAA